AGUUCUGACAGCAGCGACCUGUUGGUGCGAUGUAAACAAAGUUCCGUUUUUUUUUUGUUCUUGGAAGCAUAAAAGUGCAAUUUUCCUGAAAAUGCCAACCGACGCGUGCUGCGUGCCGGGUUGCCCCCCGAGCACGCUGCUGCACCGCUUCCCGGACGACCGCGCCGAUCCGGAACGGGCCACCGAGUGGCGCCAGCGGCUGGACGUUGCCGCCACCGUCGAUUCGUUGGUUUGCUGCGGGCGGCACUUUUCCGACGGGCAGUACGAGGGAUUUGAUCGCGCCAAACCGUUGAAGCCGGAUGCCGUUCCGGACUGUAACUUGCCAAAGAUCAAGCUGGAGGUGGAAUCGGUAACGAGCUUGAACAAUAACAUUGAAGUUGCGCCGGAGGUGAUUAUGGCGCGGUCAUCGCUCGAGCUGGAUCGCUUCAAGGAGGGGACGUUCACGUCUCCGUCGGCGGUCGUCGUUGAAAAUUUGGACAAGAUGUGUCGUCUUUGUUUGGAAACAGAUGAAUCCGGAACACACCAGCCGUUGUUUGGUGGCGACACAGAUGGCAUCGUGGACUCGAUCCAGCAGUCGAUUGGGAUCGAAAUUGACUUGGGCGAUCCGUACCCGAAGCAGAUCUGUCCUGUUUGCAUCGAGCGGGUCAACUACAUCCAGCGAAGUCGCGAAUGGUUCCUGAAAAAUGACAACCUGCUUAAGGCGCUGGUUCCGGAAGCGAUUGAGAGCGUGCCGAACGACGAUUUGAUCAUUCCGGACUUGAUUCCAGCGACUUCGGCGGCCGCCCCAACGGAGGCAAUCUACUUCAAGGAGGAAGCUGGCGAGGAAGGCAAUGAGGACGAUCAGAUCUUGCUGCAGCCACUGCGGAAGCGUGCUCCGGCGUCGAAAGCCCGCAAGAAGCGAACGGUUUCGGGUCGGCCGACCUCGUUCUGCACCAUGUGCAGUCGGGAGUUUGAGUGCCCGCGAGAUUUGCGCACUCAUCUGUACUCCGCGCACCAGGGCGUCAUCUGCAAGCACUGCGGAGUGGCCUACUCGCACCCGGGGACACUCCAGAUGCACAUCAAGCAGCAUCACGGCGAGAAGGAACGGCUGGCGGAGUGGAAGGAACAGGCGGCCCAGAACCUGUUCCGUGAGAUGGCGGAGAAGUUUAACGGGGGUGUCGGGCUGGUGCAGGGAGGGAGAGGAGGAGGUGUUGGCGAUGCUGGUGCCGAUACGGGUGAUUGGAAGGGUGUUGGAAGAGGUAGGCCGAAACGGCAGAAACACAAGUGAGGACAAUAACCUGGUCGAGGAAUUUCUCUGCUUCUUGGAAGCUUUGCGGAGUGGCAAAAACAUUAAACCAAAAUUGAAUUAUUGUUGAGUUGAAUAAGAUUUAAUUUUAGUUAUAGUUGAGUAAUUUUGUUGUAAUUUGACCAAAUAUAUACCCAAUAAAUAAUGAUUAUCAAAAAGUUA